UUCUUAUGGGUAGUUGCCAAAGUUGUCAGGGCAGGCGUGAGUUCACUGGAACGAGCACUGCUGCUGUGGAUUACGCCGGCCAGGGAAGAGCAGGAGCGAUAGGAGCGCCGCUAUCUGACAAACCUGACAAGUAACGUUCGUUAACCUCUUCCACAGACUGCUCGGACCACAGCAGAGUUGACGAGAAUUCAAACUCCCUCAGGAGCAUUGGAGCGUGUUUCCCUGUUUUCUCCAAGGAGUGUCCCGCGCCCGUAAAGAAGGAAGCCAUGCUAAUCAACAUCUUCCUCUUGCGGUGAGCGGUCUGGGGGACAGUCGAGACAUCAUGGCGGAGCUGCCUAUCGCCCCGGGUGAGGUCUACAUCGAGGUGGAGUACGACUAUGAAUACAAGGCCAAGGACCGCUUCAUCACCAUCCACCAGGGGGAAUGCUACAUGCUGGUCAAGAAGACCAACGAGGACUGGUGGCAGGUGAAGAAGGAAGAAGGGACUAAGGCUUUCUACGUACCUGCGCAGUACGUCCGCGAAGUUCGCAAGGCCCUUAUGCCCCCUCCCAAACAUAUCGCACAUCCUCCCGCUGCCGCUGGCAACACUGCACCACAAAGUGGGGGGGCACUCUGGGUAAAGCCAGGCAGCCUGGAGCUGGGACUCCACAACCGCUCCACCGAGAACCUUCACAGACACGAGUCCAGCUAUCGGCGCUCCCCCUCGGCACACACGGCCUCGUCUGGCCACUUCAGCCCCCCCAGUCAGCGCAGGAACAGUACCCACCACCGGCGCCCUGGCAGUCCCACCGACCCCACCCGGCCUCGUCCUGUCAUCCUCGUCCCCAGCGGAGCCCCCCAGCCUCCUCAAAAAGGAAGCACUCUGCCCCGCACCCGAGCGCGAUCCCCGGACAUGGUCCGUGCCCCGCUGGACCUGGACGGCACCCACCAUUGUGACUCUGCAGGUGAGGAGAGACCCACCAACGACUCUGAGUCAGGAGACGAACUGAGCGGCAGCUCCACUGAACAUCUCCAGACGGUAUCUUCGUCAGGCCACGGCCGCCCCGAGUCACCUGUUUACACCAACCUCCAGGAGUUGAAGAUUACCACGACUAACCUGCCCCCUAUUCCCUCCGGCUCCCCGAUCCACGUGAUGGGCGAUUGGGAUACCUACAAAGACUCGACAGGCAGGCACUUCUACUACAACCGCUGCACACUGGAGAGGACCUGGAAGCCGCCCCGAGCCAGGGACACCAGCUCUGGGAGCUCCAGAGGAGAGAGCCACAGCGCAGAAGAGAGCUCCGAGACCACUCCUCUUUCACUCUCGCCGUCUUUCCUUCCCUUCCUCUCGCUCUCCAUCGGUCGACUCCAGCCUCUGUCGUCGGAGGACGCCUGCUUCAGUACCUACUCUAGCCAGUCAGACUUUCAGUACGGCUCGCCGCCGCGGGGUUGGUCAGAGGAGAUGGACGAGCACGGCCACACGCUUUACAUCAGCGACUAUACUAAUGAGAAGUGGUUAAAACACACCGAUGAGCAGGGCCGACCGUACUACUACAGCGCGGAUGGUUCCAGGUCUGAAUGGGAGCUGCCAAAGUACAACCACUCCCCUCCCCAGCCGCCUGGGGACGCUCUGAAGAGUCGCAGCCUGGACAGGAAACACGCUGAGCCCAUCGUCCUCACCAAGUGGAGACACAGCGCCUACGUCCAAGACCUUAACGACAAGCGGCUGUUAAAAACCAGGCGUUUCCGCGCAGGCUCGGCGCGCCCACACCCGUACAAACACCAAGACACUCCUCUGGGCCCCAAGCCCCCCUCCCCCGACUCUGACUCCUGCCCUUCGUCGCCCAAGCCCCCCGCCUCUCCGUCUGAAAAGUGCGGCGUUCUGAAUGUGACAAAGAUCACCGAGCACGGCAAGAAAGUACGGAAGAACUGGACUUCUUCCUGGACAGUGCUCCAAGGAUCCACGCUGCUAUUUGCCAAAGGCCAAGGAGGCGGGACCAGCUGGUUCGGCGCUGCUCAGUCCAAACCAGAGUUCACCGUGGAUCUGCGCGGUGGCUCGGUGGAAUGGGCUUCCAAGGACAAGUCCAGCAAGAAGCACGUUCUAGAGGUGAAGACUCGGCAGGGCACAGAGCUGCUGAUCCAGUCAGACAACGACGUCCUUAUUAACGACUGGUACAGAGCGCUGCAGGACACCAUCAGCACCCAUGCCUGGGAGUCUGAUGAGGCCAUUGAAGAGGACUUGCCGGAGUCGCCUGGUGUGGAGAAACAGGACAAGGAGAAAGAUCAACGAGACUCAAAGAAAGGUCGAGCCAUUAAGACCUCCACCAGCAUGGACGUCUCGGAAAACAAGAAGACCAAACACAAGCUGAAGAAGUUCCUGACCCGCCGUCCCACCCUGCAGGCCGUCCGAGACAAGGGCUACAUCAAAGACCAGGUGUUCGGCUGCAGUCUUUCCAGUUUGUGUCAGAGGGAGAACGUCACAGUGCCCACCUUUGUCAAGAUGUGCAUCGACCACGUGGAGAACACUGGUCUGUGUGUAGACGGGCUGUACAGAGUUAGUGGGAACCUGGCUAUCAUACAAAAGCUCCGCUUUGCUGUCAAUCACGAUGAGAAGGUCAACCUGAUGGACGAUAAGUGGGAGGACAUCCAUGUGACCACUGGAGCGUUAAAGAUGUACUUCAGAGAGCUGCCCGAGCCUCUCUUCACCUACGCUCUCUUCCAUGACUUUGUCGGCGCCAUCAAGGUUCCAGACUACAAGCAGCGAGUUCAGGCCAUCAAGGAUCUGAUCAAACAGCUGCCCAAACCCAACCACGACACCAUGCAGGCCCUCUUCAAACACCUCAGGAAGGUGAUCGACCACGGGGAGGAGAACCGGAUGACCACCCAGAGCGUGGCCAUCGUCUUCGGCCCCACGCUGCUGCGGCCUGAAACGGAGACCUGGAACAUUGCGGUCCACAUGGUCUACCAGAACCAGAUAGUGGAGCUCAUACUGCUGGAGUACGAGAACAUUUUUGGCAGGUAGAAAGAGAUUGUGGAGAUUUUUUUUUUGUCUUCUCCACUCUAUCUCCGUUCAAACGCAGAGCUCUUCCUAACCCAGCAUGGCCCUGCCAAAGACAGCCCGGCCUGGCCUGGCUUGGUCCGGCCCGGGCCAGCUUCUCUUCAUCUCAAACCAACCUGCGGUCUCUGGCUUCUCCAAUCGUACACCUUCCGGACCAAAGCCACAGCAAUAUGUCCAGAACAAAAACAUAGAUGUAACUAACAAGCGACCAAAACAUGUUUAGACUCUUUGCACUUUUUCAGUAUCUCAUUUUCUUCUGCAGCUGCAUUUGUGCCACUUUACUGCAAAGGUGACAUUCUCCUGUCCCUACACUGGAUUCCUAAAACUAAUACACAGUUCCAAAUAAGCCUCUGCUACUACACAGACUCCCUGAGACCAAAGAAGAAGAAGAAGGGGCCUCAGUAGUCUCUGUUACAGAGGAAACGUCAGUAUUGGAGGUUGGAGAAUGUACUGUACUGUAUAUCCUAUGUGUACCUAUAUGACGAUGUAAAGACUCUUCACUCCUGUAUGAACCACACUGGCGAACCAACAGAAGUAACCUAACUACUGUGCUUGGCUUUAGACGUUUAGACACUAAGAGAAGAAAGUAAGUAGAAGGAUGAAAUGGAUUUUUUUUUAUUUAGGAAUUCUAUGACCAUUUUCUGUCCUUCUCUUACUGCUCUCCCUCUCAGCUUCUCUUUAAAUGUAAAUAUUUAGUUCCCAUUCUACCUCUUUCCAUCUCUCUCUGAAUCCUUCUCCUUCCUUUUCUUCCUGUAAUCCUGAAAUACUGGACCAGGGUCCUCUGAACACAUAUGAGGUUUCAGUCUGUAAUAUACAGUAUCUGCAUGUCGUCUUCUCCGUUCGGCUUUAAGAACAAAUCAUCUCGCAGCGGUCAGAACUUGAAAAAAACCAAAUGGUACUCUGCUUUGUCUUUCCUCGACUCACGGAUAUUAAAUGCAAAGGCAAACAACCUUUAAACAUGACUCCAUUGGUAAACGUGUACAGUGUUUAUGUGUGUGCAUGAGGAUGAGGUGGAUGGAUGACUGGAUUUAAUGACAUUUUAUUGUACAAAUGGUAAAUAUAAACUAUGUAUGCCUGGAAUGUUAAAAAUAUGAUACAAGGGAGACAUCCCUAUGAUCGUUGUGUAACCAACAGAUAAAAACAAACAGAAUAAAGUUAUGAACUGGGGAGGUGGAAGUUUACCUGUGUGUCAGGUGAAUAAAAUAUUGUUGAAUGUAACUUUGGAGAGUGACUGUCUGCUUCAUCAAGCUGGAAUAAAGACAUCUAAUA